CUUGAUAAGACCGCAUGAAUGAUGUGUCGGCCUGAGGUACAACCUUGGCUAUAGCCUAUUUGGUUUCUCAACACAUUCCCUUGAAAAGAUCCGGGAAGGAUGGAAAGCGCCAAAGCUGCUGUUCGUCAUGCGUAUCUGAGAAUGGCGCCGGUGGAUCAGGUGCUGCAGAUGUGCAGGGGGAUCUCUUUUGCUGACGAUUGUGAGGUACGCGUCAAUUGGCCAUCGGGCGCCCCGCAUCCCUUGGGCAUCCCUUGCUUGCCAUGCAGAUCCAGGACUGGUUCUGUUCUGAGGUCGUCAAUGGCGCUAUUGCUACCAGGCGUCCGCCGUCCGUCGCAUACACAAGCCGUCUGAUGAAGCUGUUAGUGCAAGACAUCGAGCUGCAGCAAAGAGAGCCGUCCGAUGCUCUUCUGGAGACCACCUGCACACGCAUGGAGCAGUACAGCGCCGCCUCCAAAGAGAAGCCGCCGUGCUUCGUGACCUACAUACUGCCUGAGGGGGAGCCGGUGUCUUGCCGCAUCUACCAGGAGAAGAAUGAAGUCGGCCUUCGGCUGUGGGAGGCGGCAUUCUACCUUGCCGAGUAUUUCUGGACGUUUGCUGACCUGCUGGAUGGCAGGCGGUGUGUGGAGCUUGGCAGUGGCGUGGGGCUGGCGGCCAUUAUGAUAUUGAGGAAAUGUCGACUGGGGACGUUCGUGUUGACCGACUAUCUGCCAUCCAUUCUAGCCAACCUGCGCUUCAACUUGGAGGUACCCUCGGCAUCGUCCGCCACUCCACAAGUGACAGCUUCCGUUGACUAAGUGUGUGCAUGCAAUGCAGGAGAAUGGCAUUGCCUUGUCCGGUAGUGCUUCAGAGGAGCCAGCGAGUGUGUCGGUGGAGCUGCUCGACCUCGAGAAGAACCCUGGUGUGAAGUUGGGAGAGCUGCUUGCACGGGGCAUCGAUACUGUCGUUGCGUCAGACGUCCUCUAUGACCCAGGUACGCGUGUCACAACCAAAGACGGCCACGCACUCCAUGUACACAUGCGUCUGUCUGUCUGUCAAUUUCAGAUUUAGUCAAAGGUGUAGUUCACGCCCUUUCCGUCUUGCUGCCCCCGCCCAAGGCCACCGCCUCGCAUGUCCCCGUGGCAUACAUUGCAGCCACGCGGCGCAACGACCAGACGAUGGACAUCUUUAGGUCUCUGUGUGCCGACGCUGGCCUGACGGUGGAGGUGGACAAGAGGGAGGUCCGGCAUCUGUUUGAGUAUGACAGGCGGACAGUUGAGAUGUUGAGGAUAACAUGCUGUGUCGGGAUGGGGGCGGGGGAGACGGGUUGUGUGGAUGAGAGAAGCCACGCCGUGUGCGUGGGGUGAUUUGUGGCAAGAUGCAGACAGGCUUGUGUUCGGUGUUUGUGGAUAAUCACCUUUCACAAUUGAGUAUCUCCC